AAGAUACAACCGGUAGCCGACCCAAGGCUCACGAAUUACAAACUACGAUUGAUCAACGCUAUUAUCCGCUUUUUAGACAAGCUCUCAUUGAGAAUUAUCCUAGAUCCGGAUUUUAAUUGAUAUAUUAACCAUGGCUGAGGAGGGCGGUGUGAAAAAGAAGCUUCCGAAAGGAGCAAAAGUAAAGAACAAGAUGCCUGCAACUGUUCAAAUAACAGCCGAGCAACUUCUAAGAGAAGCCAAAGAAAGAGAAUUAGAGUUGGUUCCUCCUCCUCCUGCCCAAAAAAUAUCGGAUCCCGAAGAGUUAGAAGCAUAUAGACUUAAAAAAAGAAAGGAAUUUGAAGAUAAUAUUAGAAAAAAUCGUUCUGUAAUGAUAAACUGGAUUAAAUAUGCGAAAUGGGAAGACAGUCAGAGUGAAAUACAGAGGGCUAGGUCAGUUUUCGAAAGAGCACUGGAUGUUGAUCACAGGAACAUAUCGCUUUGGCUUCACUAUGCCGAAAUGGAAAUGAAAAAUCGGCAAAUAAACCAUGCAAGAAAUAUAUGGGAUAGAGCAAUCACUAUCUUACCAAGAGCAAAUCAAUUUUGGUAUAAAUAUACCUAUAUGGAGGAACUUCUUGGGAAUCCUGCCGGUGCUCGUCAAGUAUUUGAACGUUGGAUGGAAUGGGAACCAGAGCCACAGGCAUGGCAUUCAUAUAUUAACUUUGAACUGCGUUAUAAAGAGUUGGAGCGUGCGAGAAUGAUUUAUGAAAGAUAUGUCCUUAUAUAUCCUGAAAUAAAAAAUUGGAUUAAAUAUGCUAGAUUUGAAGAGAAGCAUAAUUACAUUUCUAGUGCUCGAAAAAUAUAUGAAAGGGCGAUUGAAUUUUUUGGAGAAGAUAAUGUUAAUGAAAGGUUACUUUUAUCAUUCGCGAGGUUUGAAGAAAAUCAAAGAGAGCAUGAUAGAGCUAAGGUUAUUUAUAAAUAUGCCUUGGACAUUUUGCCGAAAGAUAGGAGAGAGGAAAUAUUUAAAGCUUACUCUAUCUACGAAAAACGCCAUGGAGAAAGGGCAGGAAUUGAAGACGUAGUUGUUAGCAAACGAAAAUUUCAGUAUGAACAAGCUGUUCAAGAUAACCCACUUAAUUGCGAUAAUUGGUUUGACUAUAUUCGUUUAAUGGAAUCAGAAGGUGAUUUGGAAACGAUUAGAGAAAUUUAUGAAAGAGCAAUAUCUAACAUUCCACCAACAAAAGAAAAACGACACUGGCGACGUUAUAUAUAUCUUUGGAUAAAUUACGCUGUUUUUGAAGAAUUACAAGCACAAGAUUCAGAAAGGGCAAGGGCUGUAUAUUCGGCUUGUAUUGAACUAUUACCACAUAAAUAUUUUACUUUUGCAAAAAUAUGGUUAAUGUUUGCUCAAUUUGAAUUGAGGCAAAAGGAUGUAGCUAGGUGUCGAAAAAUUUUAGGAACAGCUUUGGGGAAAUGUUCAAAAGACAAAUUGUUUAGGGGCUAUAUUGAAUUAGAACUACAAUUGAGAGAAUUUGACAGAUGUAGAAUUCUAUAUGAAAAAUGGCUAAUGUUCAAUCCUGAAAAUUGUACAACGUGGAUGAGAUACGCAGAACUUGAAAAUAUAUUAGGAGAUUCAGAAAGAGCAAGAGCAAUUUUUGAACUUGCUAUUGGUCAGUCCCGUUUGGAUAUGCCUGAAGUUUUGUGGAAAUCAUUUAUCGAUUUUGAAAUUGAAAAUGGUGAACAUGAACGAACGAGAGGAUUAUAUCUUAGAUUGUUAGAAAGAACGUCGCACGUUAAAGUCUGGAUAAGUUAUGCGGCUUUUGAAGUCUCAACGGGUGCAAAAAAUGCAAUUGAAAUGGCAAGAAAAGUUUAUGAAAGAGCUUACGACACACUGAAGGACGUUGAAAAUAAAGAGGAACGCCUUUUAUUAUUAGAAGCAUGGAAAGAGUACGAGGCUGAAUACGGUGAUGAUGAAAGUAGAGCAAGUAUCGAAAAGAAAUUUCCUAAUAAAGUUAAGAAAAGAAGGAAGAUCCUGGCUGAAGAUGGGAGCGAAGGUGGCUGGGAGGAAUUUUACGAUUAUAUUUUCCCUGAUGAUGAGAAAGCUGCACCUAAUUUGAAACUAUUGGAAAUGGCUAAGAAAUGGAAAGCAGCCGCAGCUGAAGAUAGUGAUAGCGAAGAAGAAGAGGAAUCUUCAGAAGAGGGAGAGGAGGAGGAGGAAGAAGUAUCUCAGCCUAAGAAAGCUAAGUUAAAUCACGAGGAAAAGGAUGAUUGAUUGUUUUUAUGUUAAUUAUUGUAAAUAGUAAUGUUGUUUACUUAAAAAAUACAAUCAUUUAUAUCGAAGUUAAA